AUGAAGUUGCUUGCUGGUCUCGCUCUUGCCUCGAUGGCUGUCGCCGCUCCCCUGGUGGAGAAGCGUGCCCCGACCCCUUUGAAUGUCAGCCUGGAGAUGCAGGGCAACUCCAAGAUCAAGGCCGUCAUCACCAACAACGGCAAGAGUAACCUCAAGCUGUUGAAGUCGGGCACUUUCCUUGAUUCGACUGCUGUCGAGAAGGCUCAGGUGUAUUCAGGAGAGAAGAACAUCCCCUUCGACGGCGUCCGCGUCGCCCUCGACACCAGCCGCCUGGAAGAGACUGCCUUCCAACGCAUCCCCUCCGGCGAGUCCAUCGAGGUCGACUUUGACAUCGCCGAGUUCCACGAUCUUUCCGCUGGCGGCAAGUUCAACAUCCUCGCCGAGGGCGCCCUCUCCUUCGCCCAGGAUGAUAGCACCGAGCUCGUCGGCUCCGUGCCCUUUUACUCGAACCGUAUCGAGGCCGAAGUCGACGGUCCCCAGGCCUUUUCCGUUCGCACUGCCUUCCACCAUAAGCGCACCCAGGUUCAGAGCGACUGCUCCGGCGACAAGCUCGCCAUCACUCAGCAGGCUCUGUCUCGCUGCUCCAGUAUGGCCUCCAAGGCCCAGCAGGCUGCUGCUAGCGGUUCUGGCGACAAGAUGAAGGAGUACUUCAAGUCGGACAGCUAUGAGACCCGACAGACCGUUGCCGACGUCUUCGGUCGAAUCGCCUCUGAGUGCGGAUCCACCAACUCCGGCGACUCCCGGUACUACUGCUCCGACGUGUACGGCGCUUGCCAGAGCGGUGUCCUCGCCUACACCGUCCCCGGAGCAAGCUACAUGGCCUACUGCGACCUGUACUUCCAGCAGCUGCCCGCUACCACCACUUCCUGCCACGGCCAGGACCAGGCCCAAACCAACGUGCAUGAGAUGACCCAUCUUAGCCAGAUCAAGGGCACCUCCGACUACGGUGGCUAUGGUUACAACUUCCUCCAGAGCCUGAGCGCCGACCAGAACAUCAACCACGCCGACACAUACGCCCUGUUUGCCAACGCCAUCGAGCUUGGAUGUUAG